AUGAUCCGCGCGGGCUGCUUGGUGGCCUGCGCUGCCGUGGCGAGCGGGCUCGCGAUGCAGCGUCGUUCAGCCCACUCGGUCUUCUUUCUGGGAUCUUCUGUGGACAGGUACGCAGUGGCGGAUUUCUGUGGGACCGACGGUAAGAAAUUUUACAGAUUGAGUUGCGUAAACGAGGAACGGGAUCUCGCCGUGGGCUAUGCCGCUCACCCUGGAGUGGGCAUUCAUGGUGAUUUCCAUCCGCCUUUCUGGAACCACACCUAUCCCAUUGUCGAACAUAGCGACGUGUCCAGUAGCCAGGAACUGCGCAAAGGGAUCAUGGGCAUCAUGAACAUGAAGGGAGAGGAGUUCCCAGACAUGAUUGUGGUAGAAAGCUCCCUCUGGGAUCUUUUCACCUGGGCUUCGUGGGGCGUCAAGAACGUGACGAAAGAGCGUCUGCACCAGUGGGGUCGCCGUGAUUUGAAACAUCUUAUGGCUCGUGUGUCCGAGACGUUCCCUCAAAGCCGCAUCGUCUUCAGAACUGCGCCUCGUGUUCACCAUUCAGUGUUUCUUAACGUAAUUCUCAAGGAUGAGUUUCACAAAUCCACGACUGUAAGCUAUCCGGACGUCGCGGUGGUGUCUGUUAAGGCGAUGGAUUGGAUGAAGCAUGAAGUGGAUAAGGAGAUGCAAAAUGGCAAGCUCUACGGCUUGUACGAGGUGGUGGACUAUUACAAGAUCAUGAACGAGCUUAUCGAAGAGCGCGGGUUCGUUCCGUCUUUGUGGAUGAAGGAUGGAACCCAUCCGAGCAUGGUGGCAUCCAGGCGCUACAUGAAUGCGAUACUCCAGCUCAUGCAGCUUCCAACGGUGAGCCAGCAGGACUCGGGGAGGCGGGAGAAGGCAUACUUCGACGACACCAGCGACGCCACGCAGAUGACCCUCCACGCGCUGAAGAACAAGAGGGCAACGGCCAGUGGCUCCACCAAGGCGCCCAGCUCGAGGCCUCCCGCGGAGAAGCCGCUGGUGGCCGAGGCGUCCGCGGCGAAGACGCCGGUGCCGAAGGCGUCCGUGCCGAAGGCGUCCGUGGCGAAGACGCCGGUGCCCAAGGUGCCCGUGUCGAAGGUGCCCGCGGUGAAGACGCCGGUGGCCAAGGUGCCCGUGUCGAAGGCGCCCGCGGCGAAGACGCCGGUGGCCAAGGUGCCCGUGGUCAAGGUGUCCAUCGCCAAGGUCCCCGUCGCCACGUCCAAGGACGCGGUGGCCAAGGUCCCCGUCGCAAAGGCCCCGGUGGCCAAGGUGGGGGUCAAGGUCGCGGUGGCCAAGGUGGCUGUCAAGGUCGCGGUGGCCAAGGUGGCUGUCAAGGUCGCGGUGGCCAAGGCCCCUGUUGCCAAGGUGGCUGCCAAGGCCGCCGUGGCCAAGGAGUCACAGUCUGGGCGGCCUCCACGGCCACGGGCUGGGCUUGACUUCGACCAGAUGGCG